AUGGCGUUUCAGGACUUUCCAGGAGCCGGCUACCUCCGCCUGCGUGGCCUACCAUUCAGUGCCGGUACGCGGGAGGUUUCCGAGUUCCUCGCAGAGUUUGGUAUAAUGGAGGAGAACAUCGCCCUGGGCAUGAACACCCAGGGUCGGCCAAGUGGUGAGGCAUGGGUCCAGUUCCUCGACGUCCCAAGUGCUGAAGAAGCCAAGCGUCAAAAGGAUCGCCAGCGGAUUGGCGGCCGCUACAUCGAGAUCUUCGGCAGCACCUUCGAAGCUGCAAAUGCAGCCACCCGGAAUACCACGAGUGGUGGCGGAAACAUGACAAUUCCAGAUUUCCCCGGCUCAUCGUACCUUCGACUGCGCGGGCUGCCGUACAGCGCUACACAAGCGGACGUUGCGGAGUUCUUCCAAGACUACGGGGUGAGCACCGCGCAGGUGAUCAUGGGACAGGAAGGCGCCACCGGUAGAGCCUCGGGAGAGGCAUGGGUCCAGUUCGCAUCAGAGGAAAUCGCUGCCCAAGCCCGCGCUGGCAAGGAUCGCCAGAUGAUCGGCACCCGCUACAUUGAGGUCUUUCCAUCGACUGCACAUGAGGCAGCCAAGGCGAGCUCGCGCCCGACGCAGGAGCGAGGAGUCCGCGGAGCACCAUCAGCGAUGCCAGCCCAGCAGAUGCAGGUAAAUCAAGCGUUGGCAGGUGCUUUGGGGUUCCCUGCAGGGCUCCCUGCAGGAACGCCGGAGAUUGACUGGAAUCUGUAUGCUGCGACGCUGAGCUGGUAUGCGGCAGCAGCGCAGAACGCUGCGUGUCUGGGCUGCAAGUCCUGGGACAGAACUGCAGCUUGUUCUAUACUAAUCAGGGCUCCGAAUGCCAGCGUGUAA